GGCUCCACGGUGCUCACGUGUCCUUUGGUAGAGGGGUCAAAUUGCGGAGACACCGCUGGAAACAGCUUGCAACUAUCCGGAAGACCGGAAGCGGCGACUGCUGGCCUCUUCAGUGGAGGAGUAGUGUCGGACGCAUACUACGAUGUAGGCAGCUGCUUUUAUGCAAUAUUACCUUCUCAUCUCACAGUCUACUCUCCUGAUCCAUGAAUAUGAACAUGCACUAUGUUUAUAAUUUGCUUUCAUAUCCAAAACUGCGGUUUGGUGAAGACCCUGGACGAUUUGAUCACGACGCGUUGUCAGCUGCUUUUUCGAGUGCGGCAAUACCCGACUUCAUAUAAGCUAGGAGGUGCAGUGCAGAGUCUCCUGACUAGCGUCGAGCUGGUGUCGGUCCUACCUCUCUCUCUGUACGCUGAGCACUAUUCUGUAUGCUGAGCACUAAAGCGAGGUUUCAGGAUUAUAGUAUUUUUGUUUUAGCAUUUCAGCUUCUAGUCUAUUUUGUGAAUGUGUGAUGCUCGGGUCGCACACAAUUUUCAUGGCGUAGAAAAUUCCACAUAUCUUUACUGUUAAUCGGUGUAUGGGUGCAGUCCUCUGUAUUUCUGUUUCAUUUUGUAGUGCAACCUCUUAUCGUUAUGAUAGAAGGUUUCUGCUUCUUCAUGACCCUUUGCUUAUGAGCGACCACUACAGUCCGCGAAUAGUGCUCGUGAGCUGGUGCGUGCUGAUAACCUGUGCGAUGUCGCAAAUACCCAAGUUAUGGCCAACAUAUAGUGUCCACCUCUCUCAACAUCAUCUCUUUGGUGAUGUCCUUUUGUUGUUCAUCCCAUAGAAGAAAAGGCGAGUAAGAAACAUGCCGAUGUGGGGGGAUCGAUGUGGGGGAAUGACUCUAGCUCUCUAAAAAAGCGGGUUUUCUGGCGUGCUCGACCGUGGAUGCAAGGACGGGCUGUUCCACUUCGCGAGCCUCGCAGCAGCUCCUUCCCAGCGCGCGACGUCGUCUUCGUGCCCUUACUGGUCUUCGCGUUUUUGCACUUGCUGCCUCUCUUUAGAAGCGCAGGAGAUGCUGCUGUUCUCGAUUACCGCUAUUCAUCUCGAUUACAACGUGCUGUUCUCGAUCGUCCUGAUAGCGCCGAGAAAGAGAAGAUUACGUCAGAGCUGUCAACAAACGGAGAGAAGGUAGAAAUAGACCUUCAGGGAAGCGGAUCUACGUCAACUCGGUUCUUGGAAUCUACAACUCUGCCUGCAGUCGUGGCUGUCAGUGUAAGGGAAGAAGGUUCGAGGCGAACAGGAACGGCAACUGGUGUCGUCCCAGAAAAGGUCGAACAUGAGAUGAAGGACCACUCUGCGCAAGAAGAGAUCGAGCAAAAGCCGUCUUUACAACGAGCCAGAUCUUCUUCAUCUAGUCAAAAAGACCAUGUCGUAGAAGAGGAUGAGCUGGCAUUGCCAGUAAACACAAGUACCACCGCAUUGGGCUCCUCAAAAUUCUUCGUGAUAUCUCUGGCUGUCUCUUCCGUGGUUUCUCUCAGUCGCAUCCUUUUGCUAAGGCGCGGAGCUUUCACGAGUGUGCUGUAGUAACUAAGAGAAUUAGUACUUAGCGAACACCUGAACAAUUCAAAGUUUUCAGUUCUAAUUAUGGGAAGUCAUUUUUUUUCCGAUUGCAUCUUCGGGUAUGGCCUCGGCGUGGCGGCGAUUGUCAUUGGACAUUUCCCUGCUUCGAUCGAUAGCGCCGUGUGCAAUCAAGCAGCUGGAGUCGUUUCUGCUACGACAAUGCCGCCUAACAAUCCUGAGUUCGAAGUAAGUUCUUCUGGGAGUCACCAGUUGCUUGCAAUCGCCUUUCCUGUAUUAAGGCUCAUUAAAAAGCUAACUGAUUCAGCUUUUUUUACGACACUGAAACUUUUUAGUAGCUUACGAACUUCAUUGCAUCUCUUCAGACUAUUGCUGCUCUCAUCUUGAAGACGUGCUCUCAUCUUGGGGAAAAUUACACUACAAAGAUACACGACUCGGAGACGAGCAAAUUUUUGAUAAGCCAAUUUGGGUAAGCGACUUGGUUCCUUAGGCUCUGGUAUCAAAGCUGCGUCAUACACGUUUGUUACUGUUAUAUCGUCUAAUUGUAGUGCUUCUCACUAUAUUUGGGCUUUUGGGAGCAUGCAGUGUACACUUUCGAUUCUGGAUCAAAGCGGUUCCGGUACUAGGUUUGACUACUCCUCCGCUUUUGUAUCACGCGAUAGCGGAUUGUGGGAGCCCUAUGAUUUUCGGCAAACGGAGCUCUUCACUGCGAUAUCCCCCACCGUUUCGGUCUGUCUCUGAUCCGGCGGACCGGACUACGAGGUCGUACUACUCAGAGACAGACGGACCGGACGACGAGGAGCAGAAACAACGUCGAGCUGCGCAAAAGGCUGCUCGGCUUGCCAUGGACGCCGUUGGCAAUGAUGUUUUAUGGGCACAACCGAUAUUCGUAAAUGUGCUUCGGACUGAUUUUGCUUGAUGAUUCACAGUAUCCAACCCUUUUUUUUUGUCAGAUUUGUGAAUAUCAAUGUAGCAACUUCAAGAACUGAUGUUGUUCCUGUUCGUUGUUGUAGUCGUACUCGUGCAGCGGUCACUCCUUCAUUCACGGUGGCAUUGCGUGAGAGUCUAGCAGCUGCGAGCGCCGGCAGAGGAGGCAAACAUGCAGUUGAUUUAGUACAUACGAGCAGUAUAGGAACACGUACUCUUCCAUCACAGGGCUGCGUUGAGCAGUUAGCCUUAAACCAAGAUGCAAGUGCGCUUCACACACUGGGAGUGUUAGGCGGUUGCGCUCUUCUAGUGCUGCUUUCGUUCGGAAGCAAUUUCGCCCUAAGGAAAAGAGCACACCUGCGUCCCUACCUUUUCCUCUUUUUUUCCCUGUGCAUGACAGCGGGAAUCGGCUUUAUCAGGUACAAAUGAAGAUAGUUGAUAAAGGGUUUUAGGGUUUAGGCUAUUUCUAAUAGGGGACGGGGAAGGAUUACUUCUAGGAAAGAUUGAUAAUGUAAUAUAAGUAAGCACGCAACUACCCGCAAUGAAUUAGACUGCAGUCGAUGAAGAUGUGAGGACUUCGAUCAUUUUAUCCUGUAGCUUAAAUUUUCCUGUUCUUCCCGACGCUAGCUAUGUCAGAUGUAUACUAUGGAUCGCAGACCACGCAGAGUCCCUUUCAAGCAUGUUGCCAUGACAUAGAAUACAACUCAUAUUUGUUAACAUGCGUCUAUGUAUCUACGUACUAUUAGGUCUGACUACACAUUUUACGAACACUGUAGUUUCGGAGUUUCUGUGUGUAAUAAUGUAUAGUCUCAACAACAAAAUCGAUCUUCCUUUUCUUGGGAAAACACUCUUCUCUGUGGGACCACGCUUGAAUCAUGGAUCUUGGUGAUUCCAGAUAAUGACAGACAUCUUCUAAGUGUCUACUAAGAAAUCACAU